AUGGCCGACCUUUGCCCGUCCCCGACUCUUCACAGCCCUCCAUAUACCGAGCUGGUAUCGGAGCUAAAGGCUGGGCUGGAUGGCCAGCCUCCUAUUACUACGGCGUACUUCCUGGAUGGCACCACCCCUCAGAUCGCCAAGCUGAUAGGAAGGAUACCGAUUCCACCGGAGCUUCUCCUUGUGGUUUAUGUCGUUGCUACGGGUAAAGAAUCACCGGGCAUCGAUGCUCCCACCGCGAAGAGUCGCUUGCACGUCGUAACUGUUGAAGCGACAACGUCUAUAAACGAUGUCUUGAUGUCACAUAUUUCGGAACUCCACAGCGUUUUCCCACUGCAAACGACGUUCACAGCACUAUGCGAAACAAACUUUCAUGGGAUCCUACGCAAAAUAUGCCGCUCACGAAAGCUGAAUCUGCCGUCCAUUUCAGAUCCGACCCCAAACCCCUUUACCGAGUUCUUACCGUACGUUCUGAAAACUCACGGGGGUUCCCGGCAGUCUGCCAUUAACAUCGCUUUCGGGAAGGUGCUCUAUCUGCUCGAUGAGAUACCGUCCGACUCACGGCCAAGUACAUGCUCCUUGAACGCUAUCGGUCCUUUCCUGCAUAUGGUGGAUGAUGACUCGAUCCGGGAAUACGUUGUGAUUUUGCUUAUGAUUGCCGGCGUCAUCGGCCUCGGAAGAACGGCGGGCGGAAAUCCGGAGGUCAGCUUCAAUUGGCCUGUAUUGAUGCACAUGCUUGGGAAGACUUUGAAGCAGCCGGAACUGACUUUGACGACGCCGCCUGAACCUGUCAAAAGUAUAAAACGCCAGAGGUCACAGGAUAUCCCGAAUGGCAAAGAAUCUGCAGGAGACUUUCCGGAAGAAAAUAGCUCCAAUCUCAUCAAAGGGUCGACGAAGCGAAGCGAAGUAGAUGUCUCUGCACCUGUUGUCUCGAUGGAGCACGGUAGGCCGACUGCGGUUGCGGAGGAAGCGAAGAAUGGCAUUGCCGGACCCAGCGGGAUCCUCGAUGUUGAACGUUCCGUGGUUCACCCCGUGACACUGAAUGGAGUGGGAACCGUAGAAAUGACUGAAGACGCAACGACGCUGGCGGACGAAGCGGAGCAUGUGACCAAUGGACUGGCUGUCAUUCAUACAUCGAGCGAAGCGCCCCCUGAAAUCAUACCCGCGGGAAAUGCCACCGAUUUAACGAAGGGGACAAACUCAGCGAGCCAGCUGCCACCAGAUCUGUCGGGCAUUUCUUCUGAAUGUGCGUUGCGUUCGACGCCGACGCACGAUUUGGAAGCGUCGGAAGAUUCGGGGGACAGCAGCGAUGAUACAUCCGAGGAUGAGGAUAGUUCUGAGGAGAGUGAUAGCGAGAGUGAUUUCGUGCCCGAGCCCGAUAUGGUCCUCAAGACGGAGGAAGAUCAACAGGAUCCGAAAGUAAAGGAAGAACUGGAGGUUCUCCGGGAGGCUGUGGUGACCUCGAUCGGCGGGCCCGGAACCAGUGUGAAAGUGGAAGCCUUGCCCGUUGAUCCGAGCGAUAUGGAGCCGCCGCAGUCUGUGCAUCUGCAUACACUCGCUGCAUACCGAGUAGAUACCCAUGCGAGCAAUGUUUCCAUAGCGGCCCCUACUUCUGCCACUAUCCCCUCGGUUGCGUUCGAGCCUUCAACACUCAGCUCUAUACCCCCAGGCAAUAUACCCUUCCUUCACCGCCUACGUCAUUUUGCCGACCAACACUUCCCCUCUGAUCAACAACCGAAAUUCUUGCUGUCCUCAUCAAUGGUUGCCGACAAACUGACCUACCGAUGCCGGCUCAAAGUCGCCGACCAGCAUUUCGAAUCCGCCUAUGUGUUUAGCAACGCCGAUGCGGCUGCUGAAGACUGUUGUCGGGUCGCUUGCGCGUUCAUGUACUGCUGGUUGGAGGCCGCGGGUAGAACGGAGCAGUUUUCCGGACGAUUGGGUGAGAUUUUCAAAGGAGCCGAGAAUGGUGAAGAUUUAGAAGAUGGGCAACUGGUGGAUCACGCUGACGCUUUCAGCUCGGAUGCCCAUGAUGUUGUGCUAGUGGAAGGCGCAACAGCAACGAAAACGGGCCAUAGAUAUGCCCUGGCCCGACUGAUGUUGUACGUCUCACGGAAUGACGAGCUGCUGACCUGGGACUACCAAGCACAUGGCACGGGCGGGAGAGCGCACACGGCCUCUGCCACGAUCAAAGGGAAACAGUACCAUUCACGCUCUUCGCAUCCGAAACGAGCAGAAGCGCGGGAAGACGUUGCGGAACAGAUUUGCUCUGAUCUCGGGAUACAGGAUCAGCACAUUCCAAUGAUCAACGGUCCGAAAGCGAGUAGGAACAAUGGUGCCCCUUCGCCAGCCAGAUCAGUCUCAACUGGUCCCACCAAUCCAUCUAUGAUACUGAACCACUACUGUCAGAAACGGAACUUGAAGUUUACCACGACUUUUACCAACGUUCCCGGCGCAGCGACAAAGGCGAGCCUGUUCAUCUGCACGCUCAGGCUGGGACCUAUGGACAAGAAUGACUCCGUCAGAGAAGAGGAAGUCAAGACGUGGACCAAUCUGAAACCGACCAACAAGAAGGCAGAUGCAAAAUUGGAAGUUUUCAGAAUGGCAAUAGAGGAGCUGGGGCUUGCGCCAUCGGACGCAGGGGCUGCUCAACCUGAGAAUAGAGUCGCUCCGAAAUUGGAGGCGGCCGCAGAUGCAGGGAGGCUCCAACCUCCGCAAAAUGGAGCUGACACCAAAAGGCGACAAGUGGAACCUGUAAACAUCGAUACCCGGCCUGCUAAGCGGGCAAAAUACAAUGACGGCGAUGGGCGAUCAUCAACAAAGUCAGCUCCACCUCAAGGCACACACAUCCGGUUCUCCGAGGAGGGUGUUGCGCACACUCGGUUCCCCGACUCCGAUAAUAUAACCAAAACUGCCCCCGCGCAACCAAUGUCAAAGGUAGUUAGUCAGCCCAACAUGAAUCUUCCAGUCCGACCACCGCCACCUGUAUUUCCACUCGCCUCCAUGCCAGUAGCACGACCAAAUCAUCAACCACCCCAAACGUCCAUGCAGCCACAAACACCCAUGCAACCACCCUUCCCAAUUCACCCCGGCGUGGACCCCGUCGCAACCGCCAACGCCGCGCUAGCCAUGAUCGGCGGUCUCCUAGGGAGCAUGGGCUUCUCCAACGUCCCGCAGAUGCUAGGCGCCGCGAUGUCCCCGGGUCUCGUCCAAAAUCAGGGUCAGGUAAGCGAUGUCCCGCCGCCGCUCGUGUCGCCGCAGCCUGAGAUGGGCAACCCACGGAAUCCACAUGCUUUCACGCCACAACGGCCACAGUAUGGAAAUCACAUACCGUGUUCAGCAGUGCCGACACCGACUGUGCCGCCGAAUACACCUACAACGCCGACCCUGAACCCCCUCCUGCAGAACUUGAACAUGAUGGCACCGUCGUUCAUGUCGCCUCAACAGCAGCAAAUGCAGAUAGGGACUCCGCAGCAAAGGCCGCUUGGACAGAUGGCCGUGCCGAUGACGUCGCAACCGCAGACGCUGAACCCGAUGAUGCAGCUGCCGCAGAUGGCCCACUUGGCGCAGAUGAUGGGGCUUGGUGCUGCGAAUGUUGGCAUGCCUGCUGGAGGGAUGGGGAAUGUGACUGGGAUGGGGAUGGGCUAUGGGACUUUCAAUCCUGCAGGAAGUGGAGGUGGUUAUGGCGGUGGUGGUGGAAGUGGGCGCGGUUUCGGCAGGGGUGGGCGAGAUGGAAAUGGUGGGGCAGUCGGCAGAGGAAGGGGACGGGGUGGAAGACGAAGCAGAGGUCGCGGAUGA